GAAAGCGGGUCUCACACCGAGCAAAGACAAAGUCGUGGUGCACUGUGUGGCUAAAAGACGAAGUGGGCGUGCAGACAUUCUCGUGAGGCAACGGAUUCCCAUUCGUGUGGAGACUUUAAAUUCAUGGAUCCUCCUGAUGAUUGCAAAGAGCUCCCUUCGCAAGUCUUUAUCGCAGAUGUCGUGGCGAAGAAGCUCGGUUUAUCAGGCAACAGCUGCGACGCGCCGGAGUGUGAUGGUGAGGACAGAAGCGAUGCCAUGCGUGGGGAAUGUGACAGUGUUGCAGGAGACAUCUCACUCGUGGAUGUACUACUUGAAAAACAGCACAACCAAGACAAUUGUUCACAGACGUUCAAUCUUACUCAGAAAGACCCAGAACCACAAAAGUGGCUUCCCAAGAAGCUUACGCAACACUCGGCUUUGUCUUGUGGGACUAUAUUGGGCUGUGACAAUACUGGUCAAAUGAAAACACACAAUGUGGAACAAUUGCUGCCUCGUGACUGGAAUAAGAAUACACUAAAGAGAACAGAAUAUAAUCCUCUACACAUCGCACAAAAUGUACAGACUGAGCCGCAUCACGGUUUUUACGCAAAUAUUGUAGGAAACGACAUUCGGAGCUCGUCGAGAGGCAAUUCUCAAAAUGCAAAACUUCCAAAGCUCGAUGGAACCAUUCGCACGUUAACGUCUAAUUCUCAAGCUGACGCACAAACAGGUUGCUUUCAUUCGGAGGAUGAGAUAAAAUUGGCUGAUAUCUUAACGGACGAUUUAGAAUGUACUAUUACCACCAGAAAACCGCCAAAACCCACUUGUGCUUCUGCACUUUCGGAAGCAAAUGACUCAAAUGCUGCCUUUAGUGAAGAGGCUGACCACAUCGCUCGCGGAAGAGCCGACGGUUCUUCAACAGCAAAUGCGCUUGGAGUGGAAAAUAUAAAAGUAGCCGCAGAUGUAGCCAACAAGGGCACGAGCAUAAGAGAUCGCAUCAAGAAAACGCUCGUGGCAAACGCGUGGGCGGCAGCUACCCGCGUGGUCUCGCGCACCAGGCACCUGCAGGAGUCUGCGCUGUCGCACGAGAGGCAGAUCGCCACGGAGACUUGUGCUGAUGACAGCCAGUUUGAGAUUGGGCCUUUCUAUGGGCUUCCCACGAAGGUGCACAGCCUUCUGCAACAACAGCGUGGCAUUAAAGAGCUCUACGCCUGGCAGCACGACUGCUUGUCCCUGGACUCCGUGAGACGAGGGAAGAAUCUGAUUUACUCUUUACCGACAAGUGGCGGCAAGACGCUCGUGGCAGAGAUCCUCAUGCUGAGGCAGCUGCUCUGCAAGAGAACGGACGCUCUGCUCAUUCUUCCCUACGUUGCCAUCGUCCAGGAGAAGCUUGAAAUCUUCAUAGAGGAAUACGCGGGAAGCAAGGGGCGCAUGCCACCGCGAAAACACCGAAAGAAGAAUUCUCUCUACAUCGCCACCAUUGAGAAAGCCCACAGCCUGGUCAACGCCCUUCUAGAGGAGGGGCGCAUGAAGGAGAUUGGCCUGAUCGUUGUGGAUGAG